AAAUUAGUACUAAUAAUAGCCAUCAUGGUAUGUGGAUAUGGAUUAAAAAUGGCUUUCAGCAGCAAGAGAAGCUGUUCCAUGGCUUUUACAACCAGAAUUCUUUGCGCUUCCUAUGAGCUAGCCAAGCUCUGGUUACAUCAAAACUUCCUGCGUCAGAGAGCUAGUCUCAAAUCCUCCAGCGUGUCUGCUGCCAGCAAGACAGGGAAAUUCCUACACCACACCCCCUAGAGUUGAGCCAAUGAAAUGACAGCUGGUUUCCUAUAAGAAUGAAGCCGAUCCUUCGCUAUGCUAUACUUUGCUACAACAGUGACUGUAUCUGGACUGGAACAGCGUCUGCCAUGGGACUUUUACUCAGCCGGAUUCAACAUGCUUUGCAGAGUUUCUACGGGAUGGAAGCUCGUAUCCUCCUGUUGGGUCUGGAUGCUGCUGGCAAAACGACUCUCCUCUACAAGCUGAAACUGAACGAAACUCCAAUGACUAUCCCCACUCUGGGCUUCAAUGUGGAGACGAUACAACCGAUCAACAACGUCACCUUCACCAUGUGGGAUGUGGGUGGUCAAGACCGGAUCAGGGCCCUGUGGAAAUAUUAUCAUGCCAACACCGAUGGGCUGGUUUUUGUAGUGGACAGUGCGGACAGCAGUCGCUUUGAGGAGGCCAGGUUUGAGUUGGAGGCCUUGCUGGAUGCAGAUGACCUGCGCAGGGUGCCUGUGGUGCUGCUUGCCAACAAGCAAGACUUGCCUGGAGCCUGCCCCCCCAUGGAGGUAGCAGAAAAAAUUGGACUGAGGAAAUUGCAAGGGAACAGGUGGCAUGUGCAGGGCUGCUGUGCUGUGAGUGGGGAAGGGAUCCCUGAAGCAAUGGCGAAGCUAUCAGAGAUGGUCAAGCUGCAUCGCAAUGCCUGAGUUAAUUAGGAAAGCACCAAGACCCCUAACGUACAUAAAGAACACAAGAUAUCCUGCAUCUUAAUUUCCUGUUUUGACUCAGAUUCUCUUGCUAUGGCAUUUGCAUAAGGCCAACAGGAGUUUAUCCUGCUUAUCAACAACUUACGAGAAGAUGCAAAUUCUGUGGUGUCUGAUUUUUUUCUUGGUCAGAGACAGAGGUAUCUAGCUAUACAGGGCUCCUGAGUUUUGCUAAUCAAGAUGUCAUCACUGGCAAAAAUACAGAAUCAAGGACUCUUAGACUUUGGACUCUCAAACAACCUGAACCACAAUCAAAUUCUCAGCAUCCUUGACUGGAACCACAGUUGGCUAUUAUAGCCCAUUUCUGUCUGAUUGCUUAUUUCUGCCGUCUGUGUCACUGAUUGCAUCAUCUGUGUACCAGGGAAGGCCUAUUUCUUCCUUCCAUAUCUGUAACCCAACUCAGUUCUCUCUGUUUUUAUAUGAUUUUAGAUUUAAUAGGUCUGUGACCAUUCAAUAUUCUUGAAACUUGAUAUGAUUUUAGAUUGCAGUUUGCCACUGCAUUGUUUCAUCCUUGUUGAAGUUCUAAAGAGCUUUAUUUGAAUAGAAGAACAGUAUAUACAUAUUUUAUAUACUACUACUACUACUACUGUAAAUAAAGAUAUUGCUUAUUGAAAUCUC